CGACAACUUGCUGCCACAAUAGAACCUUUCGGCUAUGAGAAUCUGCAAAAAGAACAUUCGGCUUCAAGACUUCACCAUCAUGUACUUCACCGCCAUCGCUGCUCUCAUGGUCAUCUUGGUGGCUUCAUACCAGGGCCCCACCAAUGCUGUUGAAGUUUCAGACCUUAAAAUAAACCCCUCCGGCCCUCUACCGCCGCUCCCCAUGCCCUUCCGUAUGAGCCUUGACCCCCGCGGGGAUGUCCAGCUCUCCUGGAACAUCAGCUACGCCAACCAGGAGGUUUACAUUCAGCUGACGGUCGCAGACAUCAAACACGGCGUGGUCUUUGGGAUGUCGGACCGCGGGGAGCUGACCAACGCUGACCUGGUGGUGUUGUGGGACUCUGGAACUAACAGCUACUUUGGGGAUGCGUGGAGUGACAGUGAGGGCCACGUUUCAUUGGACAGCCAACAAGACUACGAGUUGUUGGAUGCCAAACACAAACCUGACGGAUUCCACCUGCUCUUCAAAAGACCGUUCAGCACCUGUGAUCCCAGAGACUACCUCAUAGAGGAGGGAACCGUGCACGUCAUCUAUGGAUUUUUGGAAGAACCACUUGCCUCUCUGGAGCAGCUGAACCUGUCCCGGAUCCACACGGGGAUGCAGACUGUGCUGAUGCUGCGCCCCGACACGCUGCCACCCAUCCUGCCUCCAGAUGUGCGGACGCUGGAUGUCUUGUCGCCAAACGUCAUCAUCCCACAUCAGGAGACCACCUACUGGUGCUACAUACAGAAGCUGCCUGAAAACAUGCCCAAAAAUCACAUUGUUAUGUAUGAGUCAGUGAUAACUCCAGGUAACGAGGCCAUCGUGCACCACAUGGAAGUGUUCGAAUGUUCUGCAGAUAAAGGCGACGUUCCAGAGUACAGCGGCUCCUGCGAUGACAAGAUGAAGCCGAACAAGCUCGAUUUCUGCCGCCAUGUGCUCGCUGCAUGGGCUAUGGGUGCUGAGGCUUUUUACUAUCCUCCUGAUGCAGGGCUGCCUCUGGGUGGACCAAGUUCCUCAAGGUUCCUUCGUCUGGAGGUCCAUUACCACAACCCUCUCAUUAUAUCUGGCCGUCGUGACUCUUCAGGGAUACGCUUGCAUUACACCCCGAGUCUGAGGCGGUACGAUGCAGGGAUCAUGGAGCUGGGUCUUGUUUAUACUCCCAUCAUGGCUGUCCCACCUAAACAAAACAGCUUCUACCUCAGUGGAUAUUGCACCUCCGAGUGUACUCAGACUGCUUUGCCUUCAGGAGGAAUCUAUAUAUUUGCAUCCCAGCUGCACACCCACCUGGCAGGGCGGGGGGUAAGGACUGUUUUGGUGAGGGCAGGCAAAGAGCUGGAGGUGGUCCAGGAGGACAAGCACUUCAGUACACACUACCAGACGAUCCGAGUUCUGAGGAAAAUGACAAAUGUUUUACCUGGUGACGUCCUCAUAACUAAGUGUACUUAUAACACAGAAGAUAGGAGCAAGCCUACAUUGGGAGGUUUUGGCAUCAUGGAUGAAAUGUGUGUUAACUACGUUCACUACUACCCUCGAACUAAGCUGGAGCUCUGCAAAAGCCACGUUGACUCAGGAUACCUGCAGAAAUACUUUAACUUCAUUAACAGGUUCCACGGAGAUGACCAUUGCGUGUGUGAUGUGGACGUGACGGAGCAGUAUUCUAAACUACAGUGGGACGCAUUCAGUGGAGAAGUGCUGGACUCCCUUUAUAACACAGCCCCCAUCUCCAUGCACUGCAACCAGUCGAGUGCACGCCUCUUUCCUGGGGAGUGGGACAAGAAGCCUGUACCAGUGGUCACCUCCAUCCUGGAUAAGCCUCGCUACCCCUGUGAGGGAGGGGCGCCCCCCACCAGCAAACCCCCAACACCCCAAGUCUGAGCGAGGGGGUCACCACGGCCUGCUUCAGCCCACAAGAGGGCUGCUAACCUGGAGGAAGUUAAAGAAGCUCCUUUGAGCAGAAUUUAUCAUUUUAUCUCUGUGUUUGGGGAUGGAUGAUGUUCUCUACUCGCUGUUAUUGUAUAAUAUCUAUAUGUAAUUAUGAGUAUUCCCAAAUGAAUGAUAAUUCAUAUGUAAUGUUUUAGCACUUGACAUGGAAAUGGCAAUGGUCAUGUAACACAAAAAUGUGGCUCACUAAUUAGCGCUUGGGACAAAAAUGUAACAUUAUUCAAAAGUAAAUAACUUAUUUUUUUAACCAGUUUUUCAGUUCAGCAUUGUAUUUUUCCCACUCUUUUGCGUCCUGUGUGUAUUUGCUUUGUUUUUGUGUGUUGAAUAAUAAAUGUCACAAAAAUGUUGGCAGAUAAAAA